CCCUUCCCCUUCACCAUCACACGGCAUUUUGCUAGUUUGUACCCGCGUGCCUCGUCGUCGUCGUCUCCGUCUGUACCCGCUCGAAGCUUCCGUGUCGCGGCCUCCCUCUUCGCUUUCCCCCUCUGCUCCCGGGGGGAUUUGUAGUACCGGUGGUCGGGGUCGGUCAGCGCGCGUGCGUGAAUCAGCUGCGUGGAUUUGGAUCGGUUCGGUCGGUCGAUCGACGGCUCGUGAGGCUAAGGACAGCCAUACUGGACUGAGUGUUUUAUGGCUAGACACCAUGGCAAUCAUUCCCUGCUGCCAGAGAUGGUUCAGCCCAAUAAUGAGCAGCAACUCAACGAACCUCUGCCUUUAGGUCAGAACUUAUUUGUGCAUGCUGGAAAUGAUACAUCCCUUAAAAUUGGCCCUUCAUACCAUGGGAACGUGACAAUUAGAUCGAAUGACAUUCCAUCUUCAAGUCGAGCGGCACAAUUUUCAGUUCAUAGAGUUAAAAACACAGGGGCCUUACAUAAUCCCUAUGUUCACUGCCCUGCUGGAAGCUCCCAUGGCCAUGUAUCCUACAAUGCUCAAACUGAGCCUGUUAUAACUUAUCCACAUGGUUCUGAGGAAGAAUUUGCUCCAGUGAGUUCCCAAAUCAACAACAGAACUGCUGCAGUUAAACGAAAAAAUCUUGUCAUUUAUCCAGAGUAUAGCAUCAAUGGUGAUGGUUAUUAUGCAGGUAGCUCAUCAAGUACCCAGUUCUCUAAUUAUCUGCAGCCAGCUCCGUUUUCUGAGUCCUUGUAUCCUCAAAUGCCUCCAAGUAUUGGUCCAAGCAAUUGGAAUGACCAUAGCUUAGUAAAUCAAGGAGGAAUUCAGAGAAAUGUGAGACAACGCCAUAAUUUUGCUAAUAUUUCAUUGGAAUCUAGACCAGUCCAUUCAACUUCAAAUGCUUCCCAAAUUACAUCAAUGAAAAGGAACGGAGAAUCUUUUUCUACACAAAUGAGAACUAUGCCUUCAGGUGCCUCUGGAAUGUCCCCUAUGGAAAUUGCUUAUGGUCCUAUGGGAAGUAGCAACUCAACUGUUCCUGUCCCAACUUCACUUGGCUCUUCAGGCAGUGCAACAUUCACCAAUGGUGUCUUUGCUCCUAGGGCCGUUCAUGCUAACACUGGUCCUAGCUACGUUCACCUGCCUUCUGUAGCGUCAUCCAGUUCUACAGCGAUUCCCCAUGAGGCGAUCAUUCUGAGCUAUCCACCUGCUACAUCUGCAACUACCUCAACAUCCAUGAGAGCCAAUCAGCCCUUCGUUGUCAGAGCUGCUGCAUCUUCUAGGCAUGCAAGGAAUGUACCUAUAGGGCAUGCUAACAGCGGAAGGAACAGAAGGGCGAGAAACUCGUACUAUGCGCAUCAUCCGUUGAUUGAUGCACAGCAUUUGAUGAUAAUGCAACAAUUGGCUCUCCGAGAAUCAAGAGAAGCGCAAGACCCACACAGGGGCAUGAGAUUGGACAUUGACAAUAUGAGUUAUGAGGACCUGCUGGCUUUGGGUGAAUCUAUCGGUAAUGUCAGCACAGGCUUGGCAGACGAAAAAAUUUCAGGUUGUGUUAGAGAAGUGAUUUAUUGCAGUUCUGACGAACAGCUAUACGAUCAAGAUGAUGGGAAAUGUGCCAUUUGCCUGGAGGAAUACAAGGACAACAGUUUGCUGGGAAUACUGAAAUGCAAUCACGAUUUCCACACCGACUGCAUCAAGCAAUGGUUGAAGGUGAAGAACUCAUGCCCCAUUUGCAAGGCGGCCGCUGCAUAGGACACCAGAGGACAAAAACAAUAUGUUCCUCCAAUUUGUUAGUCUUUAGACCCCCAAUUAACUUAUUUCAUUCUUUGUGCUCCUCAGUCAUGUAAAUAAGUAAGUUUACUAACAUUAAAUUAUUUUGUGUGUUACCAUAGUUGAUAUCCCAUUUGAUGUAUUAUUAACUAUUAAAAAUCCAUUUGUUGGAUCAAUUAAUCAUAUGAAGUGGUUUUACACCUUUA